AUGUCUUCUCUCUCCCUUAUCCCCACCCCCACCGCACUUCUCUCUCUCUCAUUUCUCUCCCUCUCGAUCCAAAUCGAGGAGGCCGGCCGGCCGGCGCCCGCCACCACCUCGACCCCCGGCCCCGGCCAACACCUCGCCGGCCCCUGCCUCAUCCCCCGUCGCCCCUGCCGGCCUCCGCACCUCGUCCCCCAUCGCGCGCCGUCCGCCUCUGCCACGCCACCGGAGCCCGCCUCCGCGCGCCGCCCGGCUUCGCCCGCCCCGCUCGCCGCCGGCCUCCUCCGCAAGCCGCCCGGCCUCGGCCGCCUCCGCCUACGCUGCUCUCUGCCUCCCUCUCUCAGCGCGCCUCCGAGCACCACCGCCUCCGAGCACCAGCAGCCACCCGCCUCCGAGCACCAGCAGCCGAGCCGCGGGCCUUCACCUUCGCUGCUCUCCUUUGCAGCCCGCCUCCGCAUGCCGCGGGCCUCCACCUCCGCUGCUCUUCUCUGCCGGCGAUGGGGCUUGGCAUUGACGGAGUUGGUGCGGUCCAAUGGAUCUAGCGCUCGGACGAGGGUGGCGAGCUCCGGUGCGGCGGCGGACAGCUUGAGCUCCUCAAGUGUCCAUGGUGGUGUCGGUGUGCUCCUGUCCAUGGAGAAAGGAAGGAGAAGGCAGAGGGGCGCGGCUGCUGGUUGUUGCUGCUCCAGCGAGCAUGGCACAGGGGAUGGUUGCAGGGAGGCCCGUUCGUCCAGAUCAAACACCUGUACUGUAACACAGUGUAAUCCGUUCGUGUGUAAUCUGUUCGUCUUGUUAAACAGAGUAGUUUUGUUUUGGAUCAGCAAGCUAUAUGAUGGAUAG